UAAUAUAAUUCAAUAAACGAAAUUUAGUUAAAAAACAAUACAAUAAUUCAGAUAACAAUACAUUAGAACUUUGAAAAACAGAAACUAUUAUUUUUACACAGAGCAUCAUUCAUGCUUCGUUCAUUUAGCUACCAUUACGCAACAUAAUAUUCUUUGGAUAAAUAGUAGUUAGAAAGCUGCCUUUGCCAGUGCUCGCGCUCAGAGAAAAAUAAAAAAAAUAAAAUUAAAAACGCGCCAAAACGAAAAAGAGUGAAUUCGUGUAAUUGGGACUUACUUUGUGUACUAUUAUAAUUUAUUUGUUUUCUAUUUAAUAUUUGGUGUUUAGUUUUAAAUUAUUUUUAUAAAUUAAAUUAUAACUACAAUUAAAUUACAAUUAACUCCUAAUAAAAUUAAUUACAUCGUUUAAAAAAUCUAUACAGCAGUUGAAAAAAAAAUAAUGGCACUGUGCAAUGGCGUCAAUGGAAUACCGUACGAGGUUCGAACAUCAGGUGAACUUGGACGCUAUCUCGUCGCGGCCCGUGACCUGACUCCUGGGGACUUGGUGCUGACUGAAAGACCUCUAGUCUUUGGGCCCAAAGCUAUGCCGAAUCCAGAAGCCAGCAUGCCUUGUGUGGGGUGCUAUAAACCAGUCUCCACUGAUGUGGGAGAAAGAUGUUUUAGAUGUGGUUGGCCUGUAUGCUCCGGUAACUGCCCAGGUCUAACAGACCCCAGACACCAUGGAGUAGAAUGUCAUAUUCUCAGCGCAAGACCAGAGUGCGUGCUAAGCAACAUGGCUGAUUAUUACAGACAUGACGCUCUUCUAUCUCUCCGAUGCAUUUUACUUCAGAAAACAGAUCUCAAAUUGUGGGAAAAGCUUCUAGAAAUGCAAUCUCAUAUGGAAUGCCGCAUACCUGGCAGCGAAACUUAUGAUGAAGCUAAUGAAUAUAUUGUAGAGUAUCUAAUGAACAAUUUCAUAUCAAAAUUACAAGAUGAAAUUAAGAACAAGUACAUGCCAGAAGUUUCAUCUGCCCUUAUUCACAGAAUAUGCGGUAUUAUUGAUACAAAUGCACUUGAAAUACGUCUUUCGGAGGGCACUGAAUUACUUGCAUUAUAUACAAACACAUGCAUAAUGGAACACAGUUGUAUACCAAAUACAAAACAUACGUUCAUCUUACAGCAAUCACCUAAAAACCGAAAUGAUUUAUAUAGAAUCACAGUUAAAGUUGUUGUUCCGGUACAAAAGGAACACCAUAUAACUACUAUGUAUACUCAUGCAUUAUGGGGCACUCAAGCAAGAAGACAACAUUUAAAAGAUACAAAGUAUUUUGCUUGUAAGUGCACAAGAUGCAGUGAUCCUACAGAAUUAGGUACUUAUUUGAGUGCUAUGAAAUGCCUCGGGGAUGGAAAUAAAGUGUGUGAUGGAAUACAUCUACCGGAAGAUCCUUUAGAUGAUGAAACGGAAUGGGCUUGCAACAAAUGUCCCAUUAAAAUAAAUAAUUCUCAAGUAAAUAUGCUUAUUACGCAGAUGGGAGAAGAAGUAGAGAACGUUCAAAUGGUUGGUGGUUCUGUACUAAUUUUAGAAAGUUUGCUUUGUAGAUUGUCCACAUUUCUGCAUCCAAAUCAUUAUCACUUGUAUACUAUAAAACAUUCUUUGAUACAAUUAUAUGGUAGACAGUCUAGUUACAUGUCCAUUGAAAUAUUGGAGAAAAAAAUAAAGAUGUGUAAAGAUCUGAUUCUUAUAACAAAAACUUUAGAUCCAGGAAAUGCUAGGCUUAGUUUAUACAAUGCUGUGUUACACCAUGAGUUACAUUCAGCUUUGGUAUUAAAAUUAAAAGCGAACAUUGAUUGUUCAAAGAAGAAUAUUGAUAACAUAGUACCUAUAUUAACUGAGGCUAAAUCAGCAAUUGAAAUUGCUUUAGAAUCUCUAAAAGAUGACAUUGACGAGACUUCUGGAAAGAAAUUGUUUGAAGUAAUCAAGAGGAGUAAAACUAGUUUUGAUAAAUAUUACAAAAAAAGAAUGUUACAUUGUAAAUAGUUUUAAUAAGUAUUUAACAAUUAAUUUAAUAAAGAUUUUAUACAA